AUGUCGCAAUUCCUCUCCAUCAUAGGGUGGUCUUUCCUCCCCAACAUUGCCACUUCCUGGAUCCAGACCAUCUACUAUGGCCUCACCAUCCGCGCCGGCGACCCCCGCCCGCAGCCCGGCAGCCCGCGCUUCAACCACCACCGCCGCAACAUCCACAUCCUCGUCAUAGCAGUCUACCUCGCCUACACAAUCUACGAGGCCGACUACGACCUCCGCCGCCAGGGCUCCUUCUACACGGACCUGGGCGUGCCCUUCUCCGCCUCCGACCGCGACGUCAAGUCCCGCUUCCGCCGCCUCGCCGCGCUGCACCACCCCGACAAGACGGGCGCCGACGCCGCCGACUCGGCCGCCUACUUCAUCCACCUCAAGGCCGCCAGCGACACGCUGCAGGACGCCGCCAAGCGCUUCGCCUACGAGCGCUUCGGGCCCGAGACGGUCGUGUGGCAAAAGUGCGUCACCAUCAAGGACUACGUCUCGAGGGGCGUCUUCUCCGGCAUCCUGCCGCACUACGCCGUCGCCGCGGGGUCCAUCUACGUCUUGGGCCUGCUGGGGUACAUGGACUUUGGCAAGUUCUACCGCUGGCUGAUUCUGCUGAGCCUCUGCGUCUUUGAGAUCCAGGCGGUCACACGGCCGAGGUUCCCGUCGUUGUUGGAGGGCCUCAACUUCGUUUUUGCUGCUACGGCGUCUCACCCGCCGUAUCUGCCGUUUCAGCUCAUCUCUCUUGCGCGGAAACUCACAAUUACUAUCUACAUCGCUUUGUCGCAAAUCGGCCCGCUGUUGACGAUGGACGCGUCACCUUCUAGGCGGUCUGCGGAUGACCAGAACGAGCUGCUUCUCCAGGGCUUGAACCGCCUGGAGACCAUCACCGGCCAGUUUGACGCCGACUCGGCUCGUCUGAUGGACAUGGAAAUGGCACCCUUCAAGGGAGAUGCAGAGGCUACGGCCAAUCUACAGGGGAAGAUGAGAGAGUGGUUGAUCCAGAAUACGAUUCGUGCGGAUCCGAUGGUGCGUGAUGCCCUGGGCACUUCGCUGAGAAAGCGGCGAGUUGAUGUUCCUGCUGGCGCCAAGGGCAAUCGAUAG